AUGGCGGACCGGGCUGUUUGGAUAUUACAGCCAACUAUCCACUUGGUUUGAAUGCUUCUCGCCGAAAGCCGAUAUUUUUCUUCCUCUGCACUAAGAAUGUCACGAAUUUUUGCCAUUUCAGAUAUUCACGUUGAUAUACCCGAAAACCUUCGUUUGGUGAAUAGUUGGUCAGACGCUGACUUCAAAAAUGACGUACUCAUUCUUGCUGGGGAUGUGACGGAUAACUUGUCUCUGCUUAAAACAGUCUUGACGUCACUGACUCAAAAGUUUUCGAAGGUCUGCUAUGUUCCAGGUUUGUGUACUUGAGUAAAUCAUUAUUAAACAGCGUUGCAAUGGUCCGUCACAAGUUUAAAUGACUCAGGUGGUGAACAUGAUAGACUUCCGCGUUUAUUUAGCCUCAUCUAAACACGAGGUGGCCUGUAAGAAUUCAGAAUAAUUAUGCAAACUUAAGAUGCAUUCGAGGAUUUGCAUAACUUUUGAGAAUUCUCUCAAGCCCACUAAUCCUGAUUUAAUUAGCACAAACUAAGAAGGAGUUUUGUUAGUUCCCUGACCCCCCUGGGUGAGAUGCUGGUCCAGCACAAGUUAUUUCCAGCAUUUUUCCAAGUUCUCUUGGCAGUUUACUGGAACCCAUUUAUACUCAUGGGUGUAGAUCAAAGAGGUAAUUGGAGCAUUUUAAGAGGCUCUUUCCCAAGAACAUGACAACAUAAAUGAUGACCAGGUCUCAAACAUGGAUCUUUCAAUCUAGAUUCCAGGGCCUAUUUAAACCAAACAAACUGCUAUCCAGCAUAUAUGUGUUAACAAAACUAACUGUGCUAUCCAUUGGACAGAUAUUUAUCUGAUGGAUAGUCCUAUCCAACCCUCCAAACAACCAGGACUAGAUGUGUAAACCAUGAAAUGUGGAAGAUGUUCCUUUGCAUCUGACACUGCUAGUUAUUGAAACAUUAAAAUUGAAAAACUUAAAGCAGCAUAUAGAGUAAUGAAGUGAAAAAAGUUACAGCAUAUGAUUUAAAAAAUUACUGUAAAAUUAUACAUUUCACAUUAUUCAAAAAUUAGUUUUAAUUUAUCUUAGUUUAAAUUAUUGUAGCAUAUAAGGUGACAAGUAUUUAAGUGUGUACUUUACAUUUUCAUUAUGAAUUAUUUUACUUCAUUUAUCAAUAUGCUAUAUAUUUUUCUUCUUUGAAAAUCUUAAUUUGGAUAAAGUUGUGUCUGUCUGCUAAUUGUUAAGCUCCUGUGUCUUCCUUGCCCCAAUCAUAGGACAGGUUGUCAAAGAUGGCGUAAUCCUCAACUUGAACUUGCAUGUAAAAGGGCUUGAAUAUAUGUGAUUCUUUCAUGUAAUAAGGUCAUUUUUUUUUCUUCUAUCCAAAUAUUUUCUUGGUUUCAAAUCACCCAUCAAUUUUGAUUUUCAUGUUUCUUCCUCUCUGAUACAAAGAAAGGAAACUCUUGAAUCUCAAUAACUAUACAAACAAUCAUGUGGCUCAGUGAAUGGAAGCAGAUGAGCUCUGUAAUCCACAGAGCCAAAGUACAAUUUUCUAAGUUGGCUCCAUCUUUAGUGACAGUGCAUCCUUUGUGGGUUUGGCUGCACUGGUAAAGAAAUAUGUAUUUUCUUAGAAAUGGUAUAUCUUCUUGUUAGGGGUCAUUUAAUUUCAUCACAGUCAAGCUCUCAGACUCAUUGGAGAAUACAAAUCAACAUCCAUCUCAGAGUACUUUGCCUUUCUUUUGCAUAGGGGAGACAUAGGAAAAAAACACUGGGAUCAGAUAAAACUGUGGAAAAUGUAAUGUUUCCUUGAUUUUACAUUUAACUUGGAGCAAAGAACCCACUAAAAUUUGCCUUGCUCCAAGCAUGUAGCUUUGUACAUGUAAUUCAGGUGAUAAUGAAGCCCAACUAGUCUCUGGAUGGCACAGGUUUGAAUACUGUGAAAAAAAGAAAAAUGUGGGCACUGUCUAACAGAAAAUGAAACAAACACCAAAGGUAAUGCUGCACCUAAAGAUUGGAAGGGUUCACAACUGCAGAUAUCAGUUACCAGAGUAAAAUAUCAAAGAAAUCUUAGUACUUUACUCAGAGAGAAAUAUCUUACCAGAGUAAAAUAUCAAAGAAGUGUUGGUUCUUUAAUCAGUAUUUUUGGUAUUUUCUUUAUUUUGGGCUAAGUUUCUUGUUAAUGAAGCAUUCAUGUUUCUGUAUUUAUAAACAUAAGUUUGUAUUUCAUACACAUGCCAUCAUCACCUGAUUACCAGCGUGCAAGAAGAAAAGAGGUUAAGUUUAGAAGUUUUUUCUCUCUCUGGGAUUGAGAUUUAAUUUCCACAAGAGAAUGUUUCUGUUGUCUGUAUGAGAUAGGGUCUGUAUCUGUCAAAGUUUUGUGAGAACAUAAGAAACUUUUGUUUAUACCCAAGUGUCCAUUUUUGGGAAUUGUACAUACUCAGAGGUUUGACUGUACAAGUAUUUUAUCAAUAUAAUAGUAGAGUGGAGCCUGUUACUUAUGAGAUACAGUAACUGCAACCUAGGUGUAGUAGGGAUAGAUGAGGAUUUUGGACAAUUAAGUACAAAAUAAUAAUAAGUUGGAAACCUUGGCAAAUACUUAACAUCCAUCCAUCUGGUCUAAUAUGUCCAGUUGCAAGUCCUGGCCUACCCUAUGCUCUCAGUCAGUGAAGAGGGUUGUAAGAUAGGGCAAGCAAAAACUGGUGGCAGUUUGGAAAGGAGAAAAGGUGCCACCCUUUUCACACCUUCCACUGACUGAGAUCAUGGCAGAGGUUAUCAUUGACCAUGACUAUUGUGUUAGUGAGCCUGUCUCCACCUAGGAGUUAAAUACAUGGUAUGAAGACACUAGAUGAGCUCAGGCAGUAAUGUGCAUUUGGAGCAGCAGAUCCAAAUGAGAAGUCGAAUUGUUCAAAAUUCCCAUCAACAUCCAGCUGCACAGGCUUGUCUUGUGGAUCUGUGCGCGUCACUUCCACACCUAACCUUUAUUUUUUAUGCAGGGAGGGGACGGUGGAUACCCCCUUUUACCAGACAUUUAUUUUGCAUGCCUCAUUCGAAGGAAUUCACGUUGGCUUUAUCAUUAUCAUUGCUAUUCCAUUCUCCAGACUUGGUUUUUUAGUAAGGGAUUUUCGUGUUCUCAAUUUACUCUCAAGUUUUUCUCGUAUUUUUUUUUUACCCUACUGACUGUGUAUACAUCUUUUUUAUUUCAGGAAACCACGAGCUCUGGAUUCGUCAGGUAGAAAAUACCUACUGUCACAACAAUUCCAUCGAUAAAUUCCACGCAAUCUUGGCUAUGUGUGAUUCGAUUGGCGUUCAUACCAAACCUGUAAAGGUGCAAUGCUGUAACGAUACCGCGGCCUGGGUUGUGCCAAUAUUUUCCUGGUAUGCCAAACCGGAGGACGACCUCCAUAACUCGUUAUUUGUUGGAAGGGACACUGAAGAUGCAGAACUGUCCAACAAGGUCUGGAUGGAUAAUCAUCUCUGUAAAUGGCCUGUGCUUCAAGGAUCUGUUGCUCAGUACUUUGCUAAACUCAACGAAAACAUUUUAACAAGGGAUUACGACGCGCCAAUUAUAUCCUUCAGUCAUUUUUUGCCUCGUGGUGAACUCAUCCCUGCUUCAGAAGAGGACAUCGAACGAGUCCAAGACGAGAGGAAAAAACUACACCUCCCGCAGUUAGACAAUCCCAAAGCCCAAGGAUCGCAAAUCCAGUUUAAUUUUACGCGCUUUGCAGGUUGUAAAACCAUAGAAGAGCAAAUCAGAAAGAUUGGCUCGAAGGUACAUUUGCAUGGACAUCAACACCGUAAUAGGGACCGUGUGAUCGAUGAGGUGCGCUAUGUGUCCUUUUGCCUAGGAUACCCACGAGAAAGGUCCAUGGGAGUUAUUUGGGGCCUUUCAGAGAGAAAAGGACCCCGUUGGAUAUGGCCAUAGUGUGGUCAUGAGUAUGGAGCCAGCACUUACGGUAUUGGUCAGUAAUGGUUGUUAAUUUCCCACAUUUUAAUGAGGUGGGAACGAAAACAAUCGCCAGAAACGUUUUAUAUUCAUUACAAGGUUGUGCAAAAAACGGUUACCACUAAUCCAAGAUUAAUUAAUUUUAUUUCUCUAGGCUAUAUCAGCGUUUUAUCUUACUGUAAGGAAAAAUGGAAG